UUAUUUUUGUAUGAAAAAUAUAAAAUAUAUAAAUGGCUAAACUAAAAUGGGAAAGGUAAUGGAAUAUGGUUUACUGAAGAAAGAAAAAUGUCAAAGCAUUGAAAUUGAAAUUUGUAAGAAUCAUCGGAUCCGGAGCUGAGAUUCAUCAUCAUCAUCUUCUUCUUCUUCUUCUUCAAGAAUGGGAAUCUCUUGGAGCAACACCAACAGUAACAGUAACAGAAGAAGAAGAAACAAUUACCCACCACCUUUUCCUCCUCCGUACUACUACUCUUCUGAUGCUCAUCCUCCGCAGCUUCCACCGCCGCCGCCGCCUUCUCAGCCCCCACCGCCGCAAGGCUAUUACUUUCCCCCAACCAACCCUUCCACCACUCCCUACGUCGGUACCCAUCCUCUGCCUCCUGCUCCUCCUCCUCAGACCCAUUCCUUCUAUUACUCAAAUGGCUACGCCACCCCUACCGCCGCCGCCACCACCAACGCUCCUAACUAUGCCAAUCGCCUUCACUACCACCCUUACUAUGCAAAUCAGGGUGCUCCCGCCUGGGCCCCUGUUCGCCCCCCCGUUGCUGCUGCCGCCGCCGCAGCUCCACCGCCCUAUGUCGACCAUCAAACCACUAAGAAGAUUAGGAACGACGUGAACUUGCAUAAAGAUACUUUGCGCCUUGAGAUUGACGAGCUCAACCCUGAUCACCACUUGGUUUCUUUCGUUUUUGAUGCCCUCUUUGAUGGCAGAUUUACUAUCUACUACUUAGCCAAAGAAGAAGAAAAGUGUAGGUUUAUUCCACUAUAUCCCGAUGCAUUUGCGCCGAUCUCAUUCCCCUUUCAAAAAGGAGUUGGCCAGAAAUUUUGUCAGCCUCCUGGAACGGGCAUUGACCUUGGUUUCUUUGAGUUAGAGGAUCUUGCAAAGCCCUCACCUGAAGAAGAUCUGUUUCCCCUUGUAAUAUGUGCUGAAACAAGUAUGAGAACUUCAGAAGAUGAAACUUCUGAUGAUUCCACAAUUGAUGCAUCUCCUCACAUGCAAAUAACUCAAGCUGUCUUAGUGAAAAGCAACAGUAUUGGUCCUUUCGAGGUAAAAGUCAUUAGGCAGAUUCUCUGGAUUGAUGGAGUUCGUUAUGAGUUGAGAGAGUUAUAUGGAAUAGGAAGUGGCUCAACAGCUGCAGAUUUUGAUGAUAAUGAUCCUGGGAAGGAGUGUGUAAUAUGCAUGACCGAACCAAAGGACACUGCUGUCUUACCUUGCCGACAUAUGUGUAUGUGCAGCGAGUGUGCAAAAGCAUUACGGCUUCAAUCCAAUAAGUGCCCAAUAUGCCGCCAACCUAUUGAGGAGCUCAUGGAAAUCAAGAUAAACAAUGAUGACAAAUGACAUCUUUCUCUUCAAUCUGAAGUUGAAUUGCAUGGUAUUUUUAUCAUAAUAUAUAUAGUAUUAUGAAUUGCAGUCAGGUAAUAUAUAGUUCUUUUUUUUCUUUUUUCUUAUUUGUAAAUUGCGGUCAAUAAUCUGUUCAUAGUUCAUAUGUAAUUCCAUGAAAAGGAAGUUAGAUAAUAUGUGAUUUUCCCGUCAUUGAGAAUAUUGUUCAUGCCAUGAGAAUAUUGUUCAUGCCAUCGUGUUUUCUUAGUUCUUUGAUUUGUGAGUGAUAUUUGAGAGAGGAUCGUUUGUAUAGAAAUCCUGGUUUGGUCACUGAAAUGCCUAGAAUCUGAAUGAAGGUGAAGCUUCUUAUUCCUAACCUAUGUUUGAAAGGCUUGUUGUAAGCUUAUAUAUGGUGUUGAAUUUUCUUUCUUCCUUCAUACAUAUCAUAUUUGGUAGGCAUAAAAAUAUAGAACUUGUGAUCUCAAAGAUGUUUGCUGAAGCAGUUGGUUUAUUAUCUCGUGAGUGUAAAGAAAAAGAAGAUAUUCUAUGUUUUGGAGGUUCUUUAUCUUCUUUUCACCAAGAAAGAGGCUUCGGUAAGAUUGAUAUACAAGGCACCCUUUACGUAAGUGUCAAAUCAGAACCUUCAAAGCAUGAAGAGGUGGUUUUCAGACAUCAACUUUUGAACAAAUGAACAUGUAGUAAUGUAAAGUAAAACCCACCAAACUUCUUUCUUUUUUGCCCUCUUGUUUUAUUUCUUU